AUGAAUGAUGUUUAUUGGACCUGUUCUGAGGCUGCACUUGACAAGGACGGCCUUUUUCUAUUCGGUGGUAUCACGAACAUCAUCGGACUGGCAAUGAAUCUUGCAGUCUUGACGCUUCUCUUUCUUCUUAAAAGCAAACCCAAGAUAUUUAUCUUCCAGCUGCGUGCUUUGAUCGCAUCCAACUUCCUCUGCAGUUUAAACAGGAUCUCUAAAGACUACCUACCCGAAAAUCGCCUUCACCAUCCACCUCCAUUUGGCUGGGUUGUGUGCCAUUUGUGGACGAGCAAUUAUAUCUUGUUCGUGUCCUACCUGUUUACGAUUCUUAUCCUCAACUUCACAGUGGGAGAUAGAGCCAUUCAGAUCGUCUACAAAUACCAGUACUCCUUCUCCACAUCGCUGACGUCGCCUACUUUGUUGGACUACGCCUAG